UAGCUAAGUUACAUAGUGUUCUGGUAGAACAAUUAAGAUUAAAGUGAUGGAGAGUGCACCGGUAGAGGAGGUUGCAGGAGGAGAAAGUUUAGUUAGGCAGGUGUUGGAAGAAUCAAAGAAGUUGUGGAGGAUCGGAGGACCGGCCGUGAUCAUUAGGCUCUCAACCUUUGGUAGCUUUAUUGUGACUCAAUCAUAUAUAGGCCAUUGCGGCGAGACGGAGCUCGCCUCCUAUGCUCUUGUUUUAUCGCUCGUCGUCCGACUUUGCCAUGGAAUUAUGGUGGGAAUGGGCAGUGCUACAGAGACACUGUGCGGUCAAGCGUUUGGAGCUAAGAAAUACCGAGCCAUGGGCAUCUACCUCCAGCGGUCGUGGUUAGUCUUUGGCGCCGUGGCCACCCUGCUCCUCCCCCUCUUCGUCUUCGCCCCUCCGUUCUUCAAAGCGCUGGGACAGACCCACGAGCUCUCCGAUGCCGCCCGCCCCAUCGCCCUCAUGUUCAUCCCCUACCACUACUCCAGCGUCUUCUUCAUUUCCAUGCAGAUGUUCCUGCAAUCCCAGCUCAAGAACUUCGUCAUCGCACUGCUGGCCCUGCCCUCCUUCUUCCUCCACAUGUUGCUCUCCUGGAUCGCCGUUGUCAAGCUCAAUUGGGGAGUCGCCGGAGCUGCAGCCUCGCUGAACGCCUACGGCUGGACUAUGGUCCUCGGCGAGUUCAUCUACGUGGGCGGCGGCUGGUGCUCGCUGACCUGGACGGGCUUCAGCAGGGAAGCCUUCCGCGAGCUGCUGCCGGUGCUCAAGCUCUCCGUGUCUUCUGGCAUAAUGAUCUGUUUGCAAAUAUGGAACAACGCCGCCGUCGUGUUCUUGGCAGGGUACAUGAAAAACGCCAAGACUUCCCUCGCCGCUUUGUCUAUAUGCAUUAAUAUCUCCACAUGGGCGCUGAUGAUGAUGCUGGGCUUGUUGACCGCCACAGGGUGCACAUAUAUAUACUUUUAUCCAUGUCCUCCUCCUCCUUCUUCUUCUAUUUCCAAAUCUCAUGCAUCUCUGCUUGCUCUGUUCGUGUCGGUGUCAAGUGUUCGCGUAUCGAACGAGCUCGGCAAGGGGAGUGCUAAAUCUGCCAAGUUCGCCAUCAAGGUAGCGACGCUGAACUCGUCGAUCGUCGGCUGCUUCUUCCUCGUUCUGUUCCUCAUCAUCGGCAAGAGAGUCUCUUACCUCUUCACCGACAGCGAGGAGGUGGCAAAGUACGUGUCCAGCAUGCACCUUCUGCUGGUGCUCUCUGUUCUGCCCUGCAUUUUUCAGACAGUACUUUCAGGUGCAGCGAUCGGUGCUGGCUAUCAAAGUGCCGUGGCUUAUGUGAACUUAGUGUGCUUCUACAUCAUCGGCUUCCCUUUGGGGAUCAUUCUCGGAUGCAAGACCGACUUGCAUGUCAAGGGCAUUUGGAUUGGAACUCUGUGCGGGUCAGCAGUGCAAAUACUCAUACUUAUCAGAAUGACUAUCAAAACUGAUUGGGAGCAACAGGUGGAGAUUGCAAAAGCAAGGUUAAGCAGGUGGCAAGUGCCGUCAUCACAAGCUGAAGAAAGUAAUGAUCAGAUGAUAUAGGUUGGAAGAAGAGUAUCACUAUUUGAUGUAAAUAUUGAAGUAGAAUAUAUAAUAGAUACUCUUAAGUUAUUAUUUUUGAGGCAAACAUAAAAAGACCAUCUGGCAUUUAACAAAA